AUGAUGAUUCGUAACCAUUGUUAUUGCUUUUCUGGUGUUAUUGGAAUCCUUUCCUCCAUUCUAAUCCACGGUCUUGCUUCUCCUAGGCUCCACUUUUGUCGCCACGACCAGAGGGAAACUCUUUUGGAAUUCAAAGACGAGUUUCGUACUGGUGAGACCUUUCCAAGUUCGUGGAACAAGAGCAGUGAUUGCUGUCUUUGGGAGGGAGUCGAGUGCGAUCAUAAAUCUGGCCAGGUGAUAUCACUCGCCCUUUCUGAUAAGUCUCUUAACGGUUCUCUGAAAACCAACAGUAGCCUUUUCAAUCUCCAAUAUCUUCGUGAGUUAAGCCUUUAUAAUUGCAAUCUCCAAGGAAUGUUUCCUUCUUCACUAGGAACCCUUUCUCGUCUCACAUUUGUUGGCCUCAGGGGUAACGCCCUCACAGGAGAGAUCCCUUCUUCACUAGGAAACCUUUCUCGUCUGGAAACUCUUGAACUCGGGAACAAUCAUCUGCUUAAGAGGCAGUUUUUCUAA